CGACAAAGAGAAAGAGAAAGGAAGGGGCGGAGUAUAAAAGGACCCGCCGCGAGCCGCUCAGCUACAUCAGUCCCGCAGGGCAGCAGUGAUCCGUACGCCAACCACCCAGCCAACAACCACCAACCAUGAAGGCCGCUCUCGUGAUCCUUUUCGCCGUCGCCGUGUGCGCCCAGGCUGUGGAGAACAAGGAGGCGACGGCAGAAAAGAAGCAAGAGAAGAGGGGACUGCUGGGUCUGGGAUACGGUGGCUACGCAGCUGCUCCGGCCUACGCAUACGGCGCUCACUCGAUUGGCUACGCCGCCCCUGCCGUCAGCUACGCCGCCCCCUCAGUGAGCUACGCUGCCCCCUCCGUCAGCUACGCCGCCCCCGCCGUCAGCUACGCAGCCGCAGCCCCUGCCUACACCGCCUACACAGCCGCCGCCCCCGCAGUUAGCUACGCCGCACCCGCCGUCAGCUACGCCGCUCCCGCCGUCUCCUACGCGGCCCCCGCCAUCGCAAGAGUAGCAGCCGCCCCCGCUGUGUCCUACGCAGCUGCCCCCGCUGUUUCCUACCAUGCUGCUGCCCCCGCCAUCUCUUAUGCGGCACCUUCCUACUCCUAUGCUAGGUACGCUGCCCCCUCUCUCUCCUACGCAGCUCCCGCCAUCUCCAAGUACGCCCUCCACUUGUUUAGUGGGGGCGUGAGUGAGGCGGCUGGCUCACCAUUCCGGUGGAACCAGUCGCUGCGGCCGCCAGCGUCCGGUAUAAAAGGACCCAGCUCGGCUCCAGACGGCACCAAUAGCUUUCAGCUGCAGAUACAGUCGCCGCAGUCCCACAACCACCAACUACCAAACACCAUGAAGGCCGCUUUGGUUCUGCUGUUCGUCGCCGCUGCCUGCGCCCAGGCUGUGGACAACAAGGAGGCAGCUCCUGAGAAGAAGCAGGAGAAGAGAGGUCUGCUGGGUCUGGGAUACGGCGCUGCCGUGGCCGCACCCGCUGCCGUGAGCUACGCUGCUCCUGCCAUCGCUGCCGCCCCCGCCAUCAGCUACGCCGCCCCCGCUAUCGCCGCCGCCCCUGCUAUCAGCUACGCCGCUCCCGCGAUCGCCGCCGCCCCCGCCGUCAGCUACGCCGCCCCUGCGAUCGCUGCUGCCCCCGCCAUCAGCUACGCCGCCCCCGCCGUGAGCUACGCCGCCCCUGCUCUGAGCUACGCUAGGUACGCCCCCGCUCUGAGCUACGCCGCUGCCCCCGCCAUCUCGUACGCCGCCCCCGCCAUCGCCAAAUACGCUCUCCACUAAGCGGCGACUGAAGAUGACCACCACUUCACUGGCAGAAAGCUACUACGUCCACGUGCACCACCACGACCAGAGGAAGCGCAUUACGUCAGUUUUCGCAGCAACUUCAUCAACACACUGUAGCGGCAGUGCAGCGAACACUCUAACCAUUCAGAAUGAAUAAAUAAAUAACUUAAACAAA